AUGUCUCAACAGAGAGCGACUGCUUAUGUCGUGCACAAGUAUGGAACUGCCUUCGCCUUGGAGGAAGUGAUUCUUGGUGCUCUGGCAUCCGACCAAGUACGAGUCAAGUUGAAGGCUACUGGAAUAUGCCAUACAGAUCUCCUCGCCGCAAAUGGAGGGAUCCCCGUCGAAUUGCCCGCCAUUCUGGGUCAUGAAGGUGUUGGUCAGAUAACCGAAGUCGGCUCCGCGGUGACGUUACUCAAGAAGGAUGACCAUGUCAUCCUGUCCUUCGCUUCAUGUGCCACUUGUGCAAAGUGUCUCUCAGGGCAUCCGAACCAUUGCCACAGCUUCGUACCACUGAACUUGACGGGAAUCCGAACAGCGGAGUCCUCUCGUACAAUCCUAGAGCUUACCUCGUCUGAGCAGUCAGCACUGACUGAUCUUACAACCCUAUUUUUCGGUCAAUCGAGUCUAUCCAGUUAUGCCAAUGUCAAUCAACGAUCAUGCGUGCCGUUUGAUCCUGCCGUUCUCCAACGUUCUGGUGGCCAGCCCAUUCCAUUGUCCCAUCUCGCUCCGUUCGCCUGCGGAUUCAUGACCGGAGCAGGGACGGUCAUCAAUUCCUGCAAGCCGAAUCUAGGAUCGAGUAUUGCCAUCUAUGGGGCUGGAGCGGUGGGCAUUGCUGCAAUCGCCGCCGCCGCUCAUCUCACAUGCGCAAACACCAUUAUUGCUGUCGACAUCAAUCCGGAUAAAUUGGCCCUGGCUGCCAAAGCCGGUGCCACCCUAACCAUCAACUCUCGCGAGGGCGAAGAACUGCAUAAUCGUUUGAUACAAGACGCCACUCAAGGAAACGGACCGGAUUUUGUCAUUGACACCACGGGGAAUGUCCGUGUUAUUCAGCAAAUGCUGUCUAGCAUGUCAAGGACUGGCACUGCCAUUCAAUUGGCGGGACCUUCCACCGGUCCUAAUGUACAGCUCCAUCCUUCGUUUAUGGUCAACAAUGCUGCCACCUACAAAGGUGUGAUUGAGGGUGACGCAAACCCAGCACUAACGAUACCGGCUCUCGUUGAUCAUUACAGGCGAGGUCGUUUUCCUAUUGGAGAUCUCAUCACAGAGUACCCUCACAAAGACCUCGAUCGGGCCAUUGCGGACAUUCAUUCGGGUAAAACUGUCAAGGCUGUACUUGUCUGGAAUGACUGA